UUUAAUAAUUAUUGGUGUGCAUAUAAUUUUUUGAUUCACUGUAUGUACAUGCAAGUGCGCGACAAUGACGAGACGGCGGCGCGACGUCUCGACGUCUGUUUGUCUGCGCUGCGCUGCUGCUGCUGCGUCGCUGUGUGAGCUUGCAAUUUAAGUUGCAUGCUUUUGCCGGCAUACACACACACACAUACAUAUAUAUAAUUACAGAGGCAGACACACACACGCACGUAUAUUUACGGGCAUCAGUCAAGCAUAUUGCACUUUGUUUAUAACAAAUUGCUUGUAAAUUCUCUCGCUCAUUAACGCCACCCACACACACACACACGCACACACACACACAUAGUCUCUCUCUUACACGCAUGCACAGUCAACACAUACAUACAUAUCACAGCUCUCUCACUCAUGCUUUCUCUCUUCCUCUUUCUCACUCUCGCUCUCUCGCUUCGCCUGUGUUUCUAUUUUGCAUUACUUUUACAGCGCGUCGCAUCACCGGCACAAUAACAACAACAACAACAAAAACAUCAGUAGUCCAAAAACUCAUACGACAUUUAUUAUUGUGAGUUAGGCGCAGCGUGCGUCGCUGCUGCUGCCGCCAAAGUAUAAACAGCAACAACAACAACAACAUUUUCCAUACGCGCACACAUUUGCAUACAUACAUACAUAUAAACAUCUGCACAGCUGCUUACGCACAUACAAUUUAUACAUACAAAUACGAAUAUAUACAAAUAAACAUACGCAUUGCAUUUGCAUUUCAAAACUAACCAAAAAAUACCAAAACAAACACAAAAAAAAAAAAACAAAAAAAAAAUACCAAUCAAUGGCAGAUUUAAUGCGUUUGGGUAAUGUGGACGUUGUCAUUCAGAAAGAUAAACUUGGCUCGCCAACGGGCGGCUCCGAUGACGGCAACCUAGCGGCAUUGGGCGGUAUAACGGGUCUCGGCGCCAUGAUGGCAGCAGGCGGCAUUGAUCUGGCCGAUCUGGCACAGGAAUUGGAUCAGGAUGAAUUCGAUGGACCCCACAUGCUAAAUGGCGAAAGGCCGGCGAUAAUUGCUCCGCCGGAGAGUGAAUGGUACCAUGGACGAUUGGAUCGUUAUUCCGCCGAGGCGCGUCUCCGUGGCAGCGGCAAAUUGGGCAGUUAUCUGGUGCGCGAAAGUGAUCGGAAACCGGGCUCCUAUGUGCUCAGCUAUUACGGACGCACGGGCAUCAAUCAUUUCCGGAUUACGGCCGUUUGUGGUGACUUUUACAUUGGCGGACGCCAGUUUAUUUCUCUGAGCGAUCUCGUUGGUUAUUAUACCUCGUGCAGCGAUCUCUUGAAACGUGAGCGUCUUGUGAUUCCCGUAGCGCCUCCGGAGCCGGUCAACGAUAAGAAACGUGUAGUGGCCAUUUUGCCGUAUACGAAAAUGCCGGAAACGGAUGAGCUGAGCUUCCAGAAGGGUGACAUCUUUUUUGUGCACAAUGACAUGGGCGAUGGCUGGUUGUGGGUGACGGCUCAUCGUACCGGGGAACAGGGCAUGAUAUUUCGUGAGCUUGUCGAUGAUCUGGAUGUCUCCAUUGAUCCGAAUACGGUGUUUCCUUGGUUCCAUCCCAAUUGCACCAAAAACGAGGCUGUCGAUAUGUUGGUCAAGGCUGGUCCUGGCAGCUUUCUAGUGCGACCUAGUGAUAACUCACCCGGAGAUUACUCGCUCUUCUUUCACAUCAACAAUCAAAUUCAACGAUUUCGCAUUGAGAAAAAGGGCGUCCGAUAUUUGAUGGGCGGUCGGACGUUCGAGUGUCUCGAUGCGGUGAUUAAUCGUUAUCGGAAAGAGCAAAUCGUUGAGGGACAUUCACUCAAUCAUCCGGUGGUAAAUGGUUCACAGCCAGAGUUUAAUCAACAGUAUGUGGUUGAAAAGGCCGCGGAGAAAAUCUACGCCACGUUGAGGGAAUGUCGCGAUCAAAUUGGCCUCAAGAAGAUCAAGGGCAUUAAGCAUCAUGGACAUUUGAACAAGAAGUCGGAUAAGACGACCAAAUGGAAGCAAUUGUAUUUUGCAUUGAUCAACGAUGGCACCGAAACUCAAUUGUGCUUUUAUGACAAUCCCAAAAAGACUAAGCCCAAGGGUCUCAUUGAUCUAUCGUGCGCAUAUCUGUAUCAGUGUCAUGAUUCCCUCUGGGAGCGACCCUAUUGCUUUCAGAUUGUGGAACGUGCACUGCCUUGUCUAGCGACUGUCACAUAUCUCUGUGCUCCCAGUCAGGAGAGUUAUGUGGAAUGGAUAAAUGCCUUGAAGGCCCAAUGCGAUUCACAGCUGAGUCGGGCACAAAAGAAGGUAUCACGACUCCGUGAAUUGCGUUGCCUCAAUUUGCAUGUGCUGGAGGCGCAUCGAUUGCCAUUCAAAUUGGUGCCACAUCCCUAUUGCAGUAUUUCCCUUAACCAGGUCAAGGUGGGCAAGACGCGCGUCAAGAUUGCACCCGAACCCGUCUGGGAGGAGGAAUUUGUACUCGACGAUGUGCCACCAGAUGUGGUAUCCCUGACAAUUACGCUGGUGUCGCGUGGCAAGCGUGGCAAGGACUCUGAGGUGGCCGAAUUGACCAUCGAUUUGGCCAGUCUAAAGAACGGCCAGGAGACGGAGGGAUGGUAUCAACUGACAGGCAUGACACCCAUGGGCGAAUGGGGCUCUUUGAGACUACGUAUGCGAUAUCUGGAUGAUCUGAUCAUGCCCUGCGAGGAGUACAGUCCACUGCAGCAGUUGCUGCUCGAACCGGAAUUGUAUGCCGUCAAGGCGCUCGCCGAACUCUGUCACAAUGAUCGUGUGCCAUUGGCAACGGCAUUGUUGCGGGUGUUCCGGCAUGAGAAACGGGAAACGGAAUUGAUACGCAUUCUGUGCCAGGCUGAGGUGGCACGUGAGAAUGAGACAACGACACUGUUCCGUGGCGCCUCGUUGGCCACCACAUUGAUGGACUUGUAUAUGCGGACCGAGUGCAGCGGUUUCCUUCAGUCCGCUGUCAGCGAAACCGUUCAACGCAUCCUCGAGAGCAAACAGUCGGCGGAAUUGAAUCCCACGAAAAUGGAUGUCAACGAUGAUGCAUGCACAAAUGCCGAGUUCCUGCUACAAAUACUCGAUCUUGUCACACAAUCGAUCUUCACAUCCCCGGACGCUUGUCCCCGCAGUGUCCGUUACAUUUGCAAUUGCCUGCAAAAGGCCGUGGUUGCCAAAUGGCCAACGGAGCGUUUGGUGCGCACCCGUGUCGUCUCCGGUUUUAUAUUCCUGCGUCUGCUCUGCCCGUCGCUCCUCAAUCCGCGCCAAUUUGGCCUCGUCAGCGAGACGCCUCCAACGGCCGCCACACGCUCCCUCAUCAUGGUGGCCAAGUGUCUACAGAAUCUGGCCAAUCUCAUUGAAUUUGGCGGCAAGGAGCAAUACAUGGAGGUGGUCAAUCCGUUUAUUUUGAAGAACAAGGAGCGUAUGAUUGUAUUCUUAGAUCAAUUGUCGCUAAUUACGGAUCCCAAUCCGCCGCUGGGCAUGUUUGUGGAGCAAAAUUCGAAUCACAAUGCACAGGACACUGGUCGCGAAUUAGCCACCUUGCACCACAUUUGCGUAUCCUAUUUGCCGGAAUUGCAAGAGCUAUCGAAUAUAUUAUCGAUUAAGAAGCUUGUAACGGUCACCGAUAUGCUGACCAAGCACAAAUUGAAGUAUCGCGAGAUGAUCAGCUAAGAGAAGAACAACAAACAACAAAGCCACUACACCAGUCAGUUUAAAUAUACAUAUAUAGAUAUAUAUAUAGUAUAUACAUUUUUAUAUAGAUAUUUACAUACAUAUAUAUAGUAUAUACACAGUUGAUCGCCCAAAAAAAAAAAGAAAAAAAAAAAACAAAAGAUAAGAAAAACAUCAUGAAAUUACAUAGUGCAUAUUGUGAGAAUAGUUCCAGUAGAUUAGUCAAGCUUUUCUCGCGGCAUUUUCUAUAUGGGUUCAUUACUCUUCUUAAGUUCUCUUCCACAUUUUAUAUAAUACAUAUAUAUACGAUAUAGCAGGCAUAUAUAUAUAUUAUUUUAUAUUAUAUAUAUAGCGUAUAGUAUGUCUUUUUUUUAUUUUUAUACAAAAAAUAUACAUUAUAAAAGCAGCUAAAACAAAAAGUGAAAGUAAUUUUGUAAUUAGCCAGGUCGAAAAAUGUGUUCAACAAAACAGGAAAAAAACGGAAAUGAAAAUGGGAGAAAAACAAAACGAACAACAAAAAGUAUUUAUACAUUUUUUUGAAAAUGUGUCUUCGAAAUAAUAAAUAAAAAGACAUAAGAAACACGCGUGGCCAUUAAAUUCAGCAAAAAUAAAAAGUAAAUUUAAUAACGUAAAAAAA